AUGACAAAGCCUGUAAUAGCAGAAGUGUCUGCGGAUGCAUUGGAAAAAGUUUCACAGGAUUUAGGCCUGAAUAAACUGUUUGAUGGAUUCUAUGUAAAGAAGAGCAGCUCUACAUUUUUUAAAGAAUGUGAUGCACUAAAUGAUUAUGAAAAAACUCACCCUGGUGUGAAAGAACUUUGCACUAAGUUGAUCAGUUCUUUAGAAAAAUUAGCUGAAAUGAAGCCGAAAAAUAAAGAUUAUUAUGAUCGUUGCAAUUAUUUACCUCACUGGUUAUUUGAUGAAAUAGGGAAAAUAUAUAAAUCAAUCCCUUCGAAAAAUUCCGAUAAUGUACCUUUUUUCAGUAAACUCAGUCAUAUAGGGAACAAGGUUAAUAGGGAAUUGACUGCAAAUAAGUGUACUACAUUGCCAAUUAGUAAUAGUUUUAGUUUGGCUACACGAAAAAAUAUAAAAAAUUCUUAUAUAUAUUUACAAAAAUAUAAUGRAAUUWAACAGAUUAUAAAUGACAAAGGCAAAGGUAAAUGUAAUCAGUAUAUUACAUAUCUUCMAUAUAUUGAUUCAUUACAUAAGAAGUAUAAGACAGAUGAUUGUAGGGUACGGAAUCUUCCAGAGGUGGAAGUAGAAGUACUGAAUGGUGGUUUUCAGGUUUGCUUUUGGUCAUCAACUGAGUCCUCACGAAGUGGUAAGGUUAGCUCUCUUCCAGAAACCGCAAAGGCUGGAGGUAAAGAAGUUGAUAAAGGAGAAAAAGAGGCUCCAAAAAGUUUAGCAGGUACACCAGAUUCACGGGGUUUAACGCAUUCAACAAGUUUAGGAGGUUCAGGAAGUCAAGUAGAAGCAAGACCUUCAGCACGUCCUGUAGUUGCAGCAGCUGGAGGGGGAUUACCUGGACAAUUAGCCACCACGCCAGCUAAAGUAAAUUUAAUUACUGCUACAGGAAAAAGCAAUGAACAGGUUGUCCAUGCAACAUCAUCUUAUAAUUCGGGGCCCGGAGGGAACGCACUACCUGAACCCACUGCAAGUAGCCCUGGUACUUUGGAAAGUGUAUCUGAUAAGGUUGACUCAAACUUUUAUCGUAACAUCAUCAUGGCUGCUGCGAUACUUGGAACGAUAUUCUUCCUUUUCUAUUACAACAUGUCUUCUGGAUUGAAAUCAAGGUUUCCGAAAAGAAAACGAAAAAAAAAGAUAUUCGAGCAUAAUUAUUACGAAGAGUAUGAAAAAGAGUUAGAAAAAUAUGGUUCAGAAGAUAUGUCAUUAUAUUCUGAAGACGAUCGAUACUAUUUGAAUUAUCAACCUGAGGGCGAUUACGAUUACUAA